CAGCGGCUUCACAGCAGGGAAGAAAGCCUAUCUGGAGAUUCUAGGCCGGGAGACUCUAGGCCCGCCCCUGACCCUGGGACACGCAGUGCAAAGCUGCACCUUGUGGUGGGAACACAAAAUUUUAACUGGGUAUGUAGAUCAUUAACAGUGGGGGGAGAAAAAAGUCCAAAUUCAGUUCUCCUGUGGCCACAGACGACUGGGCCUCAGACCUCCUGCAGAAAUGCUGGGCCCCCAAAUCUGGGCCUCCAUGAGGCAGGGGCUGAGCAGGGGCUUGUCUAGGAACGUGAAGGGGAAGAAGAUAGACAUUGCCGGCAUCUACCCACCCGUGACCACCCCAUUCACCGCCACCGCAGAAGUAGACUAUGGGAAACUGGAAGAGAACCUGAACAAACUGGCCGCCUUCCCCUUUCGAGGCUUCGUGGUCCAGGGCUCUACUGGAGAGUUUCCAUUCCUGACCAGCCUUGAGCGCCUAGAGGUGGUGAGCCGAGUGCGCCAGGCCAUACCCAAGGACAAGCUCCUGAUAGCCGGCUCUGGCUGCGAGUCCACGCAAGCCACAGUAGAGAUGACUGUCAGCAUGGCUCAGGUGGGUGCUGAUGCCGCCAUGGUGGUGACCCCUUGUUACUAUCGCGGCCGCAUGAACAGCGCUGCCCUCAUUCACCACUACACCAAGGUUGCUGAUCUUUCUCCAAUCCCGGUGGUGCUGUACAGUGUCCCAGGCAACACGGGUCUAGAGCUGCCUGUGGAUGCCGUGGUCACAUUGUCUCAGCACCCAAAUAUCAUUGGCUUGAAGGACAGUGGUGGAGAUGUGACCAGGACUGGGCUGAUUGUUCACAAGACCAGCAAGCAGGAUUUCCAGGUGUUGGCUGGGUCAGUUGGCUUCCUCCUGGCCAGCUAUGCUGUGGGAGCUGUUGGGGGCAUAUGUGGCCUGGCCAAUGUCUUGGGGGCCCAGGUGUGCCAGCUGGAGAGACUCUGCCUCACAGGGCAGGGGGAAGCUGCCCAGAGACUGCAGCACCGCCUCAUCGAGCCCAACACUGCGGUGACCCGGCGCUUCGGAAUACCAGGGCUGAAGAAAACCAUGGACUGGUUUGGCUACUAUGGAGGUCCCUGCCGUGCCCCCUUGCAGGAGUUGAGCCCCUCAGAGGAAGAGGCGCUUCGCUUGGAUUUCAGCAACAAUGGCUGGCUUUAAUGACAAGCGGGGGACACCUGGUCUGAGCUGUCUCAGACUCUCGUUCCCACAGUCUGAGGAGGAGCAGGGCAUUGGAAUUAGGGCUUAUUUUUGUCUGUGUUCUAUUGCUGUGAAGAGACACCAUGACCAUGACAUAAAAGAGAGUGUUUAAUGGUGGCUGGCUCACAGUUUCAGACGUUCAGUCCAUUGUCAUCAUGGCAGGGAGCAUGGCAGCCUGCAGGCAGACAGUGCUGGAGAAGUAACAGAGAGGUCUACAUCUAGAUCCACAGGAAGCAGGAACAGAAAGCUACUGGGCCUUGCUUGGACUUUUGAAAAACCAGGAAGCCCACCUCCAGCAACAUUGACUCCAGUAAGCUACACUUCCUAAUACUUUCAAAUAGUAUCACUCCCUAAGCAUUUAUAUAUGUUGGGGGGGCAUUCCUAUUCAAACCACCACAUUCUGCCCCCUGGCCUCAUAGGCUGGUAGCCAUAUCAUAAUGCAAAAUGCAUUUAGUCCAACUUCAAAAUUUUCCAUAGUCUCUCACAGGCUCAAGACUGCUUAAAAGUCCAAAAUUCAAAGUCUCUUCUGAGGCUCACUGUAAAAUC